UUGACGAUCAUUCAGCCGAAAUUUCUGCCACGGCUUCAUCCGAACCUGAUCACGGCCUCGUAUCUGCUAGAACAUCCCGAUUAGACGACGAACAUGAAGGUUUAUCCAUUGCAGAGCAAGGUCAAUCAGUGUUAUCGAUUUCGGUCAAUCUAGGGCAUAUUCCACGCACUCAAAACCGACCGCGUAAUCCUGAAAAAAUGGUCGUCGAAUAUGAAGAACGUAUCCCCGACUUCAUGAUAUUUUCGCAACCCAAGGCCGAGGGCACAUACUCAACAGUCAACGCAAUUCCUUCCUCCGUCGGUCACCCUAUCCUGAUAGUGGAGAUCAAACCUCUUCGACUGGGAGGCUCGUUGCAAGAUGUUAUAGCGACGAUGAACCACGCGUCGGCGACGAGGCAGACCUCAGUCCAAGCUUGUCUCGGUUUAGACGAGUACAAAUUGGAUGCGAUUACAGUUAUGACAGCCGUAGGGCUUUAUGUACGGUUCGAAGAGUACCGCCGUGAGGAUGUGGCCUCUUUCCUUCGGCGUGCUAUCCCACUGGAGGGGGCCCCUCCAUCACGAUACGCCCGGCCAUCCUCGUCAAGUGAGGUCAUGUAUAUUUUCAACGACGACAUGAGCGACUAUUCGCCUGGGGUCUUGGAGCGUUGGAGAGAGGCACUGCAACUUGCGUAGCAGUUUGAAGUUCGAUCCAACUGUAGUAAUAAUUCAACGCCUUUCUCACUUU